AUGAUACUUUAUCAAAAAUUAGUAAACAAAGCAGUAUCAUGUAAAAUGAAAAAUAUCAUUUCAAUUAUAUCAUAUAAUAAAUUAAUAUCAAAUAAAUAUAUAAAAAGCGAAUAUUUAAAAUAUUUAAAUAAUUUAGAUAAUAAAAAUACACAAGUCCCAUAUUUUACAACACACUAUAUGUAUAAUGAAUAUUGUGUUUAUUUUUUUAAAAAUAAAAAUAUAAGUUCAAAAAUCAAAAAAAAAUAUAGUUAUGAUCAUAUUAUAUAA